GGGCUCAGAGAGGUGAGGUGGCUUGCUUUAGUUUGACCCCAGAUCUUCUGACUCCAGGGCCCUGGGCUGACUUGAUGCUCAGGGUGGAUAUUCAAGGAGGCUGGUUAGUGGCUGUGUUCAUGGCUUUCACUUGGAGAGAGGAUGGGGGACCAUAUGUUGGCUCAUCAAGGCCUGACUCCCAUGCUUCUGGAAGAAGGGCCUAUCAGAGUAACGCCCAUGUGAAGCAAGCUGUUGAAAGUCUUGACGUUUUCGAAGUAGUGCAAGCUCCAAAGAUCACUUGAAUAAGAUCCUCAGCCCCCUUAGGAAAUGCCAUGUGAACAAUGGUGACGUUUUGCACUAAAUGAGCAGUUUUGUAAAAGUGUUAAGUAGAAUAAAACAAAAAGAGCUUAACAAAUGUUGAGGGACUGUGGAGAUGCUGUCCCAGCUCUUGGUUGCCACCUCUUUACUCUGCAGCCCAAGUGGGAACUAAAGAAGACAGGGAGGCAAUUUCUUUGGUUCUUGGGUUUCAGUUAUCAAUUUUGGGACCUAAGCAGGAGCAUUAUUAAGUUACCUAGAAUCCUUGGUUUUCUUAAGACAUUGGGAAUUAGAAUAAAGAUAGUGAGUGCCUUAACAAGGCUGGAGGCAGUGCUGAACAUGGCUUCAGGCCUGCAAGGUGACUCUUCUCCAAUAUUCUGGGAGCUGCCUUGAGGAGCCAAAAGGUCCAGAGUGGCAAGUGCUGCCAAGCAUACCAGUGAGAAGAGCCUUGAUAGAGUCCCUCCUUAGGCUUUGGGGCCGGAUACCCUCCUUACACUUGAAGCUGUUUCUUCUCCUCUUUAUCGCACAGGCCAGAUAAGAGCUGGUGCUGACAGAGCAGAUCUGUCACACUCUCAGGAUACCAAUACCACCCCUGUCAGAAGACCUGAUUUAUCAGGAUGCUCUGACCUCCACUCUUGAGCACCAUUCACAUAACUCCAGAACUUCUCCCCGUGCCCCCCAAAAUUGCCGUGCUAAGUAAUUGGAACAUUUAUGUUUAACCAACCAGAAUCGCUGCUCAAAUUAUAGUCAAAAUCUAUAUGAAUGGAAAAUUAAUCUUGCAAAAAUGUUAUGAGAAACUGUAGGACCUGUUUAUAUUUUGACUGGCCCUGUCUGGGGUUGUAGGUGGGCUCUUCCUUAUGUUGAGCUCAAAUCCGUCUCCAGUUCUUCCUGGUCCUCACUCUGUCCCCUUAUGAAGUCUCUUGGGUUUGCUGUCAGACUUCUUUAGGGCAUAACCCAAGUCCUUCCUGGCCCAGGGCUUGUGAAGAUGUGCUUACUUCCAGGGAUGAUUACCCAGGGCCCACCUUCACAGGGAUCAUCCUUCCCUGCCACCUUCCAUCCAUGAUCCCUGGUCUUCUCCUAGGUGAGGUUGGCUGCCCAUUAACUUGGAGGGGCUGCUCCUGGGAGGAAGAGCGGGGCCUGGGAAUAAAGGCUAGGUUGUUUCAGCUCAUUUGCCAAGUUACUUUCUCAGUAGUCUGAAGAGAAAUAGAAGCCCUUGUAUGGAGGAGAGAGAGUUUCUGUGCUCAUUGAAACCAGCCACCUGGCUCCCAGCCGGGCCAUCUCCAUCACUCCCAAGAAGCAAGGUGGCAAUUCAGGUUUAAGAACAGGUAUUUCAGGGGAUUUGUCUGUGCCUGCUAAAUGCGUCUUAGGUUGGGGUGGUAGGACAUGAGAUUCUUCAUGAGUUUUAGAAAAUCAGGAAAUGGAGCAGGCUGGGGCUUUUGAGCUGAGGGGCCAGGAUAGCAGAUAAAGUCGGAGGACUUUGUGGUCUCCAAGUGAGUGUGGGGAUCCAGUGUUUGAUAGGCAGCCUUGGUUUGGAGGGUGAGUCUGGAGUAGUGGGAAGAGAUCAGAAGGGUGGCGGUGUGCAGGAACACAGGAGUUGAUUGUUGUUGUGGGCAAGUCAUCUGCCCUUUCUGGGCCUUGUGUGAUGACACAUAGCCUACCCUACUAUUUGGGAAGGUUGAAUGAAAUAGCUGAAGGACCCAACUCUUCUUCUUUUGCUCAAAAAGUGCUGAACCAGAAGCUCUGCCAUUAGCAAGCUGGGUGAGUUUGAUCAGAAAUGAUCAGAUCUGAAGACCUCAGUAUUCAGGAGACAUUAAUCUGGUUCAUCUCUUUUCUCUUUUCUCAAUGUAUGUGUCCUAUUUUUAAAUUUAGUGUUCCAAUAGCAUGCUAUAACCCACUUACUCAGUUUCCUUGUGAGUAACAUGGGGAUAAAAAUAUCUGCCCUGCCUACCUCAGUGGGUACUUGGGAGGGUCGGAUACGAUGAUGAAUGUGACUGCACUUAGAGCUUUCUGUAAAUGCAGGAAAUGGUGGUGAUGAUGCUGUGGUUGAUAACAUUUUUGGCAGAAAGGGCAGGCAGCAUCCAUAUUAGGGAAGAAGGGUUGGGGAGCUGCCUCUAGGUCUGAUCAAAUGACAGCUAUAUUUUUGUCCACUUUUAAAAACUAUCCUCCUCCUAAUGUUAGAAUGUAAAAUUCGUCUUAGGGCCUAUACCUUCCAGCUCAGAAUUCUUUUACCCAAGACUCGGAGCUUACUUAAGCUGGUACGAGUUGGGUGUGGUGAGCCCAGGAGUUGUUUUUAAGGUUGUGCAGCGUAUAUGAAGUGGUUGCUGGAUGCUGGAUGCUGCUCCAGGCGUGUAGAAGAUGUGCUCUUUGCCUUCACUUACUAGAGAUCCACCAAGCUGACCUUGUGAUAAGACCCAAGGCUGUUUGGGGGCUCCUGAGUGCCACACAGAUGAUGUUAUUCAGAACUUUGGCCCUGGGCCCAAGGGGAAGGAGAGAGGGAGGAGUAACAGUGGGUAUGCUGUUUUGCUGAUGCUUUGUCUGUAGGGUUUUCUGAUCAUGGCCGGGAAGCUGCCAGCCCCGCAGACUCCUAAGGGAAGGGACAGCAGGUUAUCAUGCAAAGAGCAUUGAAUUUAGAAAUAGAAGACCUGGAUUCAUGUCCAAUCAUUACUUAUUGAUGAAGUUGUCUUGAACAAGUCACUUAACCUCUCUGAUCCAUUUCCUCAUUCAUAAAAUGGGGUUCAAUGGUGUUAAUAGCUAAGAUGUGUAAGAAAAGGCUUUGUAGACUGUAGAGCCCUUGAGAGGUAAUAUAGAUAGUGGUGGUCUUGCUUUCUUCUUAUUCCCGUUAUUAACAGGGCGUUUCUUUUCUCCAGGUGGAAAUGAGGCAGGCUUAGACUAGAGUUUGUGUUUUCAAAUUCCCUGGUGAAUGGAGAUGACUCUAAAAGAAGCUGGGAGGAGCAGAUAAAGCCUAACCCUUGAACAUGCCAUAACCAGCAGACCACAGCAUUCAGGCAUCCUGUGAGUGGGCAGUUUUCUCCAGAAAAUAGCGAAUUUAUUCUUCAAGAAGAGCCAAAUCCACAUAUGUCGAAGCAAGAGAGAAACCAAAGACCGUCCAGCAUGGUCAGUGAGACAUCCACUGCUGGGACCACUUCCACCGUGGAGGCCAAGCCUGGCCCCAAGAUCAUAAAGUCCAGCAAUAAAGUCCACAGCUUUGGGAAGAGGGACCAGUCCAUUCGGAGGAACCCAAAUGUGCCGGUGGUGGUAAGGGGCUGGCUGCACAAGCAGGACAGUUCUGGGAUGAGGCUGUGGAAGAGGAGGUGGUUUGUGCUUGCUGAUUAUUGCUUGUUUUACUACAAAGACAGCCGAGAAGAAGUGGUCCUUGGGAGCAUCCCUCUGCCCAGCUACGUGAUCUCGCCCGUGGCCCCUGAGGAUCGCAUAAGUCGCAAGUAUUCCUUUAAGGCCGUGCACACGGGGAUGCGAGCGCUCAUCUACAAUAGCUCCACGGGGGGCUCUCCGGCCGAGCAGUCGGGCAUGAGGACCUACUACUUCAGUGCCGACACCCAAGAGGACAUGAAUGCGUGGGUCAGGGCCAUGAACCAGGCUGCACAGGUGCUGUCUCGAUCGUCACUGAAGAGGGAUGUGGAGAAGGUGGAGCGGCAGGCAGUGCCCCAGGCCAAUCAUGCAGAGUCCUGUCGUGAAUGUGGCCGCGUGGGACCCGGACAUGCGAGGGAUUGUCCUCAUCGUGGCCACGAGGACUCCUUUGGCUUCGAGAGGCGGGAGCAAGAGGAAGAACGGUACCAUUCCCAGAGGGACCCACUGGAGGGCAAGCGGGACAGGAGCAAGGCCAGGUCCCCGUACUCGCCAGCCGAGGAGGAUGCCAUCUUCACGGAUUUAUCCGGAGGCCUGAGAGGCCAGCAGGCACAGCCCCAGCGGGCAGAGAAGAACGGUGUGCUGCCUGCCGCAUAUGGCCCAGGAGAGCAGAACGGGACUGGCGGGUACCAGCGGGCCUUUCCUCCCAGGACCCACCCUGAAAAGCACAGCCAGAGGAAGAGCAGCCUGGCCCAAGUGGAGCAGUGGGCAAAGGCCCAGAAGGGGGACGGCAGGAGCCUGCCUCCGGACCAGACCCUUCCUCGCCAGGGUCCUGGCCAGUCCCUGGCCUUCCCAGAAAACUACCAGACUCUUCCCAAAAGCACCCGACACCCCUCGGGGGGCUCCUCGCCCCCUCCCCGCAACCUGCCCAGUGACUACAAGUACGCGCAGGACCGAGCCAGCCACCUGAAGAUGUCGAGCGAGGAGCGCCGGGCCCACCGGGAUGGCACAGUGUGGCAGCUCUACGAGUGGCAGCAGCGCCAGCAGUUCCGGCACGGCAGCCCCACGGCGCCCAUCUGUGCCGGCUCGCCAGAGUUCACCGACCAGGGCCGGAGCAGGAGCAUGCUGGAGGUGCCCCGCUCCAUCUCUGUGCCUCCAUCUCCCUCGGACAUCCCUCCUCCAGGACCCCCAAGGGUAUUCCCACCCCGGCGGCCACACACACCAGCAGAGAGGGUCACUGUGAAGCCACCGGACCAGAGGAGGAGCGUGGACAUCUCACUAGGGGGUUCUCCCAGGAAGGCAUGGGGUCACGCCACCAAGAACUCCUCUCACGUGGACCGGCGCUCCAUGCCCUCCAUGGGUUACAUGACCCACACUGUCAGCGCUCCCAGUUUACACGGAAAAUCGGCUGACGAUACCUACCUCCAGCUGAAGAAAGACCUGGAGUACCUGGACCUAAAGAUAAAAAAUAAUGAACCUUUGAUCAACGUGCUUUACAAAGUGCUGAAGAAGUCAGCACGGGGCUGUCGGCCCGGGAGAAGCAUGACAGGCCGGGACCUUCUCAAAGAUCGAAGCCUGAAGCCGGUGAAGAUCGCUGAGAGUGACAUUGACGUCAAACUGAGCGUCUUCUGUGAACAAGACAGGAUCCUCCAGGACUUGGAAGACAAAAUUCGAGCCCUCAAGGAGAACAAAGACCAGCUAGAGUCCGUGCUGGAGGUGCUGCACAGACAGAUGGAGCAGUACCGAGAGCAGCCCCAGCACCUGGAGAAGAUCGCCUACCAGCAGAGGUUGCUGCAGGAGGACCUCGUCCACAUCCGGGCGGAGCUCUGCAGAGAGUCCACUGAGAUGGAAAAUGCCUGGAACGAAUACCUGAAGUUGGAGAGAGAUGUGGAGCAGCUGAAGCAGACCCUGCAGGAGCAACACAGAAGAGCGUUUUUUUUCCAGGAGAAAUCACAGAUACAGAAGGAUCUCUGGAGGAUUGAAGACGUCAUCGCAGGCCUGAGUGCAAAUAAAGAGAACUUCAGAAUCUUGGUGGAAUCAGUCAAAAAUCCUGAGAGGAAGACGGUGCCUUUGUUAACUCACCCGCCUGUGCCUUCACUCUCAACCUCGACCACAGAGACCAAGCCACCCCCGCAGCCCAGCCCUCCCACCAGCCCUGUGCGGACCCCUCUGGAGGUCCGACUCUUCCCCCAACUGCAGACCUACAUGCCCUACCGACCUCAUCCGCCCCAGCUGAGGAAAGUGACGUCCCCCCUCCAGUCACCCACCAAGACAAAGCCCAAAGUACAGGAAGAUGAGGCACCACCCAGGCCCCCACUCCCUGAGCUCUACAGCCCAGAGGACCAGCCCCCAGCCGUGCCACCUCUGCCCAGGGAGGCCACCAUCAUCCGGCACACUUCAGUGAGGGGCCUCAAGCGGCAGUCGGACGAGAGGAAGCGGGACCGGGAGCAAGGGCAGUGUGUGAACGGGGACUCGAGGGUGGAGCUCCGGUCAUAUGUGAGUGAGCCUGAGCUGGCGACCUUCAGUGGAGACUUGGCCCCGCCCUCCCUGGGACUCGUGGGAUCUGAGAGCAGGUACCAGACGCUGCCAGGCAGAGGGCUUUCAGGGUCCACGUCAAGGCUCCAGCAGUCAUCCACCAUUGCUCCCUACGUCACGCUCCGGCGGGGUCUCGAUGCAGAAAGCGGCAAGGUGACCUUCCCUAGACCCAAGAGUGCCUUGGAGCGCCUGUACUCAGGGGACCACCAGCGGGGCAAGAUGAGUGCGGAGGAGCAGCUCGAGCGCAUGAAGCGGCACCAGAAGGCCCUGGUUCGGGAGCGGAAGAGGACGCUGAGCCAAGGAGAGAGGACGGGUCUGCCCUCGUCCCGCUACCUCAGCCAACCGCUCCCUGGAGAUCUCGGCUCAUGGAAGCGUGAGCAGGACUUUGACCUGCAGCUGCUGGAGCGGGCCGUGCAAGGGGAAAGGAAGGACAAGGAGGAGAAUGGCUGGUUGAAAGUACAGGCCGUGCCUGUCACUGAGUUGGACCUGGAACCACAGGACUAUGACUUGGACAUCAGCAGAGAGCUGUCUAAACCAGAGAAGGUCUCCAUCCCCGAGCGUUACGUGGAGCUGGAUCCUGAAGAGCCACCCAGCCUUGAGGAGCUGCGGGCGCGGUAUCGCAAAGCUGAGAAGAUCCGUAACAUCCUCGCCCGCUCCAGCAUGUGCAACCUGCAGCCGACAUCAGGCCAGGACAGGAACAGCACAGCCGACCUGGACUCGCAGCUGCAGGAGCAGGAGCGCAUCAUCAACAUCUCCUACGCCUUGGCCUCCGAGGCAUCCCAGCGCAGCAAGCAGGUGGCAGCGCAGCAGCUGGCCCUCCUCCCGCCUAAAGCCCCCCUGUCCUCCAGGACGGUGCCACCUUACCCCCCCUUAAGCAACGGACUCCACUACACCUUUGUCUAACACCUUCCAACCCAGGCAGUGACUGACCCAUGACCCAGCCUGCAGAGAAGUCUGGAGCCAGGGGCCAAGUGGAACCAGCUUCCUCCGAGAAGAUGGACUUUUCUUCCCCCAAGGAAACCCCUUCCAGCUAAGCAGGGGUUCUGGCUGGAGAAAGGAACAGCCCACAGCUGUGAGGCAUUCACCAUAGGGCUAGGUCCUAACACCCGCAAACUUGUUUUAGUUCAAAAUCCUUUUUACAUAUGACAGAGGCACUUUUGAUAACACACUGUAAAAUACUGAUACUGUAUUUUAGAAUCAGAAUGUAUUUUAUAAUGUUCACCUCAAGGGCUGAGUGGCUGGAAAGGUGAGGAUGCAGGAUUUUGGAGCUGCACAUACAGAUCCAGGUACCAUUUGGGUGGUAGGUGUGGGUGGGGGGAGGGGCAGGCCAAGCAGAGACCAGUCAGCAUCCGCUGAACUCAGGUGAAGGUUGGAUUUGAGAAUGUGCUUCCAGUGGAUUCCAGCGUUAGGCUCUUUGGUGUGCUGUAGGGGCAAGAGGGGCCCUGGGCUGCAGAGAUCAGCCGUCCCUGACCUGGCCUGAUGACCAGCUCUGGAGAGUGAAACUCCCCCAGGCUAGCAUGCGGAGCCCCACUCUGUGCCUUGACCCCGGGCUUGGUUCAGGGGCAACAGUGUGUUCAAGAGCUUUGGCUCCCGACUCACCCAUGAGGUUCUCUCAGCAAAGGGCUCUUCUCAGAAGGAAAACACUUGGCUUAAACUUUUAAAAAUAUGCUUUAAAUGCAGAAAAGGUGAGAGGAAGCACCUUUUGUUGUAUCGUAAGCAAUAAGCUCCACACUGGCUGGCAUCUGCCCACAGCUCCCUGACUCCAUACUAGGCUGUGAUAGCAAUCCUGGGAUCUGUGCUGCCUGCCCUGGAGAACCGAGGUCCGCUUCCUAGGACUUGGUCUGGCGGCAGGAGGGCAGGCAGGUGCCCCCACCAUUCCUGGUGGCUGGCAGCCAGCAGGACCACGAUGACAGGACUGUGACCUGACUUCCAGCCCAAAAUGAGGAGGGGGCUGCCACCCCAGGCCCAGUGUUUGUGGCCCUUUAUUUAAGUCAUGAGAUCAUGAUAGUCUGCAUAUAGAAAAUGAGGUUUAAAAGGAAAAAAAACUCCAUUGGGUGGAGCCACACUUUAAAUGAAAAUUUGUCUUUGACUCUGGUCAGAAAAAAUAUCUUGAAUAUAUUUAGAAGUUGCCGUCUAUUUUUAACUAACUCCAUAUGCUGCCAGUAUCGACUUCAUGACAUUUGCCAAAAUAAGAUUUUAUUUUUGCCUUUAUAAGAUUUUGUUGGAAAAAAUGAAAUGAAUAUUUUGCAAGAAAAAGUUAAUUUAAAUAAAGGUGUAAUGGUUUGCAAAAAAAUGUGAUGUACAGAUUAAAAUAUUAACCUGA